AAGCGGGAGGCGUAGAACGUCUACUACGAUUCUGCGGCGGGCUUGCUUAGCUGUUUGUGCUGGGCUUCAAAAGGAAGAAGUCUUGUUCCGAACUGGGAAGUCAGUACGAUGAGCGGGGGAGCGCCCUACAUCGGGAGCAAAAUAAGUCUUAUUUCUAAGGCUGAGAUCCGCUACGAAGGAAUCUUAUACACUAUCGACACUGAAAACUCCACUGUGGCGUUGGCUAAGGUUCGCUCCUUUGGUACAGAGGAUAGACCAACUGAUAGACCUAUACCACGCCGUGAUGAAGUCUUUGAGUAUAUUAUAUUCCGUGGCAGUGACAUUAAAGAUUUGACUGUCUGUGAGCCACCAAAGCCCCAGUGUUCUUUGCCACAGGACCCUGCUAUUGUUCAGUCUUCAUUAGGAUCUUCGACUGCAUCUUCAUUCCAGAAUGUGGGGUCCUAUGGUUCUUUUGGGAGAAUGCCUGCUUACAGUCAGUUUAGUCCAAGCCUGCUGGUGGGGCAGCAGUUCAGUGCUGUUGGAGUUGCAGGAGAUUCUUUAACAUCUUUUGGAACAGAUUCUUCAGCCAGCAGUAGCAUGUCCCAAAGCACUGCAGUUGGUUCUGCAUUUACAACAGAUCCAAGAUCACUAAAACCACAAAUGUCUCAAGGUCGUUCAAGCCCUCAGAUAGAUCAUUUGAGAAGGAGCCCCACCAUGGAACAAACAGUACAAACAGCUUCAGCCCACUUGCCUACUCCAGCACCAGUUGGGAGGAGGAGUCCUGUACCAACCAGGCCUUUGAUGUCUGGUAGCCAAAAAUCACUAGAGAAUCAGGAGCACAGGCGAGUUCCAGGUGGACUUGCAGCACGGAGAGGCCGUAGAGGUCACAGAGGGGGUCGAGGAAGAUUUGGUAUUAGGAGGGAUGGUCUAAUGAAGUUUGAGAAGGACUUUGACUUCGAAAGUGCAAAUGCACAAUUCAACAAGGAGGAAAUUGAUAGAGAAUUUCAUAAUAAACUUAAACUAAAAGAAGAUAAACUUGAAAAACCAGAGAAGCCUGUAAAUGGAGAAGACAAAGGUGACUCAGGUGUUAAUAACCAAAAUAGUGAAGGGAAUGCAGAUGAGGAAGAUCCACUUGGCCCCAACUGCUACUAUGACAAAACCAAAUCCUUCUUUGACAACAUCUCCUGUGAUGACAAUAGAGAACGGCAACCCACUUGGGUUGAGGAAAGAAGGCUAAAUGCAGAGACUUUUGGGAUACCACUACGUCCCAAUCGUGGCCGUGGAGGGUGCAGAGGCAGAGGGGUGAUUGGCUUCCGAGGUGGAAGAGGACGAGGAGGUGGAAGAGGUGGCUUCACUGCCCCUCGAGGAUUCCGUGGUGGAUUCAGAGGAGGUCGUGGAGGCAGGGAGUUUGCCAACUUUGAAUAUAGGAAAGACAACAAAGUUGCUGCCUAAUCUACACAAAAGCUGAAACUGGGUGAAUGUCUAGAUCUUCCUGAUCCAGAGAAUUAGCUUCAGUCUCCACAAAGAAUGAAGUUAACUUACUGUAUACUUGUCACCAGCACUGCGAUUUAACUACUUAAUUUCAAAGGGGUAUAAUGCAGUUACUUUUGAAAAAUGGCCAUCUUUGAAAAUAGUGAGCAUUAAAUAUAUUUGAGACAAAAGGAUGAGUAAUUUCUUAUGUAUAGUUAAUUAUAAAGCCGUACUUUGAUGGAGUUUAUUUUUUUCAUCCUUAAAAGGAUUUUUCUUAUUACUAAACUGUUAUCUGAAGCAAUUAUCAAGUUGUAAGGACAAUUGUAUGCAGAAGGCCGUUGAUACUGUGAGUGUUUUGGCCCACUGAAGGUUGGUUUUUGUAAGUCCUGUAAUAUCCCUUUUGAGAUAGUUGUACUUUUAUCAACUAGGGGCUGAACAGUACAAAACUUGCUUUGUCAGUCAAAUAUGUACACAAAGUAAAUACUGUUUCUUAGGCAAAGGAACAUUUUUAUAUAGUAAAAUUCCAUUAUAUCCCACUGCCAUCACAACCUUUGUAUAGCUGCAUAAAAAGCAACUAAUCUUUAAAGAAUAAACAUUAAGUUGGCAAACCUACUGUGUUAUUGCAAAAGUUGAUAUGCUGAAGAACACUGAAUCCAUUGGUUGGUUUUUGUGGGUGGGUUCUUUUGUUUGUUUUGUGGCUUUUUUUUUUUUGCUUGGUUUGUUAGCAGCUUUUCAGGCUUCAGUGUUUUGAUUUUUAUGUUUGGACUCUAAUAAAGAUGUGAAAACAUUCUUCUAUCACAUGAAGGGAAGAGUGUAUCCAAUUUCUCUUUUCAAGGUUUGAUUUUUGUAGUUUCUGGCAUAUUGCAGGAUUUGACCAAAUUAAAGGAAAUAUUUUGAAAUAAGGAGAAAAGGAGAACAGAAAUUUUCAUAUGUCAAAUUUGCAGCUAAUUUUACUCAGUGAUAAAUAUUAACUUUUUUAAUGAUGGACCAGGCACAUGAGUUGGUGAUUCUUCUGGAGUGGCUGGGACUGAAGUAUGUCUCCAUUUGUCAACAGUGAGCCGUUAACUGUUAUAAUACCUGUAGACAUAAGCAAUUUAAAGAAUUCUUAGUGUUUGAAGUUGUUUGCAUUCUGCUAGGCCAUAGCCUGGAGACAUCAUGACUCUAAGUUUAUAAUUCUAAGCCUCUGAAGUCACAGCUGAUGUAAGAUGGACUCUGCCAAUUAUGAAUAACUAGUUAUGAUGUUUUGAUGCACUGGAAUAGAAACCUAGUUGUUUGUGUCUGUGUGUAUGAAGGCUACAGGAAUAAAGGGAUAUAAAGAUUAAAAAGUAA